GCCAUGUGUACCUGCAGUAACAACAUCGUGGAUUGUAGAGGGAAAGGUCUCACCGCCAUCCCAGCCAACCUGCCUGACACCAUGGCUGAGAUACGUCUGGAGCAGAAUGGGAUUAAGUCUGUUCCUCCUGGAGCCUUCUCUCCCUACAAGAAACUGCGUAGGAUAGACCUUAGCAACAACCAGAUCUCAGAGAUAGCUCCUGAUGCCUUCCAGGGCCUGCGCUCCCUCAACUCCCUCGUGCUGUAUGGAAAUAAGAUCACCGACCUGCCCAAGGGGGUGUUUGACGGCCUCUACGCCCUGCAACUGUUGUUGCUGAAUGCCAAUAAGAUUCAUUGCGUUCGUGCCAACGCCUUUCAGGACCUGCAGAAUCUCUCGCUGCUAUCGCUCUACGACAACAAGAUCCAAACCCUUGCCAAGGGCACCUUCACUUCGCUACGAGCUAUACAGACCCUUCACCUGGCCCAGAACCCUUUUAUUUGUGAUUGUAAUCUGAAGUGGCUGGCAGACUACCUGCGCUCCAACCCCAUCGAGACCAGCGGCGCCCGCUGCGCCAGCCCUCGCCGACUCGCAAACAAACGUAUUGGACAGAUCAAGAGCAAGAAGUUCCGCUGCUCCGCCAAAGAGCAGUACUUCAUCCCAGGCACAGAGGACACCCGUCUGAAUAAUGCCUGUAACAGUGAUCCAGUUUGUCCUCCCAAGUGCCGCUGUGAGUCGAACGUAGUGGACUGCUCCAACCUAAAGCUCACCAAGAUCCCUGAGCAUAUCCCUUCAUCCACCUAUGAACUCCGCCUUAACAACAAUGAGAUCACCGCUCUGGAGGCAACUGGAGUGUUUAAAAACCUUUCCCAGCUGAAGAAAAUUAACCUCAGCAACAACAAGAUCACAGAGAUUGAAGAUGGGUCAUUUGAAGGUGCAUCAUCCGUCAAUGAGCUUCACCUCACGGCCAAUCAGAUUGACUCGGUCCGAAGUGGAAUGUUCCGUGGCCUUGAGGGACUGCGCAUGCUGAUGCUGAGGAACAAUAAGAUUAGCUGCGUCCACAAUGACAGUUUUACAGGGUUGCACAAUGUCCGCCUGCUGUCUCUGUACGACAACCAGCUGACCACAAUCACUCCCGGAGCCUUUGACACUCUGCAGACUCUCUCCACUCUUAACCUUUUGGCCAACUCCUUCAACUGUGACUGCCGGUUGGCCUGGCUCGGCGAUUGGCUGAGGAGUAGGAAGAUUGUGACCGGUAAUCCUCGCUGCCAGCGUCCUGCCUUUCUGAAGGAGAUCCCUCUGCAGGAUGUGGCUCUGCCUGACUUCCGCUGUGAGGAGGGCCAAGAAGAGGUGUCAAGCUGUGUGCCCAGACCCCAGUGUCCCAGUGAAUGUACUUGCCUGGAGACUGUGGUGCGCUGCAGUAACAAGCAUCUCCACAUGCUGCCCAAAGGCAUUCCCAGAAACGUGACUGAACUGUACCUGGAUGGAAACCAGUUCAGUGUUGUACCAAAGGAACUGUCUACCUUCAAAUACCUACAGCUGGUAGACCUGAGCAACAACAAGAUCAACUCCCUGACCAACUCGUCCUUCGCUAACAUGAGCCAACUCACCACCCUAAUCCUGAGCUACAACUCCCUGCGUUGCAUCCCCAAAAUGGCCUUCAGUGGACUUCACUCUCUCAGACUGCUGUCCCUCCAUGGCAAUGAAAUCUCAGAGCUUCCUGAUGGCAUCUUCAACGAUGUGGCCUCACUUUCCCACUUGGCAAUUGGUGCCAACCCCUUGCACUGUGACUGUCACAUGCGCUGGCUAUCUGACUGGGUGAAGACUAGCUACAAAGAGCCUGGCAUCGCUCGUUGUGCUGGCCCGCAGGGCAUGGAGGGCAAACUGCUUCUCACCACACCUGCUAAGAAGUUUGAAUGUACAGGUGAUGUGGACACUACAGUGCUGGCCAAGUGUAACCCCUGUCUGUCCAGUCCCUGUCUGAACCAAGGCAUCUGUCACAGCGACAUGGUGGAGAUCUACAGGUGCAGCUGCCCUCCAGGAUUUAAGGGCAAGAACUGUGAAACUGCUCUGAAUGCUUGUGUGAGUAACCCAUGUGCCAACGGAGGAACCUGCCAAGUGAAUGAGGAUGAGGAGGGAGACUACAGUUGCACAUGUCCACUGGGUUUUGAGGGCCCCACUUGCCAAACCAACAUUGAAGACUGCGAGGACAACAACUGUGAGAACGGAGCAACCUGCCUCGAUGGUGUCAACAACUACACUUGUUUUUGUCCCCCCUACUACACAGGGGAGAUGUGCGAAGAAAUGGAGGAUGUGUGCGCCCCAGGACGGAGCCCCUGCCAAUAUCAGUCUACCUGCCUCAUCACCUCCGCUGGACCAAAGUGUGUGUGCUCUCCUGGUUAUGUUGGUGAUGACUGCAGUUUAGACUAUAAUGACUGUGAGGAGCAUCGUUGUCAGAAUGGAGCUCAGUGUGUGGAUGAGCUAAAUGGAUACUCUUGCGUCUGUCCUGAAGGAUACAAUGGUCAGUUGUGUGAGGUUCCCCCAUCUGCACUAUCCCUGUGUGAGCUGGCCGACUGCCAGAACAACGCCCCAUGUGUGGAGCGAGGCGGGCGUGCCCUCUGCCAGUGUCCUCCAGAGUUUGGGGGGCCACGGUGCGAGAAGCUGGUCAGCGUCAACUUCAUUGAUAGAGACUCCUACCUGCUGCUCUCUGACCUCAAGAACUGGCCACAAGCUAACAUCACCUUACAGGUGUCAACAGCUGAGGAUAAUGGUAUCCUGCUGUACAAUGGAGACAAUGAUCAUAUUGCAGUGGAGCUCUACCAAGGUCAUGUCAAGGUCAGCUAUGACCCCGGCAGCCAACCAGGACAUGCCAUCUACAGUACUGAGACUAUCAACGAUGGCCAGUUCCACACAGUGGAGCUAGUGACCUUUGACCAGAUGGUGAACCUGUCCAUUGACGGGGGCCUCCCUACCACAAUGGACAGCUUUGGGGCGGUGCGGCCCCUCAACGGGGAGGCUCCACUAUACGUGGGGGGCAUGCCAGUGGGUGUACACUCAGGUGCUUUCCGUCUCUGGCAGCUCCAGAACGGUUCCAGUUUCCAUGGCUGUAUCCAGAACCUGUACAUCAACAAUGAGCUCCAGGACUUCACCAAGACCCAGAUGAAGCCUGGCGUGGUACCGGGCUGCGAGCCCUGCAAGAAGAUCUACUGUGUUCAUGGCAUCUGCCAGCCUGAUGGGGUCCAGGGACCAGUGUGCCACUGCCAGCCAGGCUGGAGCGGGCCGCAAUGUGACCAGCCUGCUACCAACCCCUGCCAGGGCAGCAAGUGUGUCCAUGGAAAGUGCAUCCCAUUGGACACUCAGUCGUAUCGCUGCGAGUGUGCGGAGGGUUACCGCGGUGCCCUGUGUAACCAACAUGGGGAGCUGUUCAACCCCUGCCGUCGCCUGUCCUGCAAACACGGCCGAUGCCAGAUCUCAGACACAGGAGACGCCUACUGUCACUGUGAGAGUGGCUACACUGGGGAACUUUGUGACGCAGAGUCUGAAUGCAGAGGGGAACCUGUGCGAGACUUCUACCAGGUACAGCGAGGCUACGCCAUCUGCCAGACGACACGCAUGGUCUCUUGGGUGGAGUGCACCGGGGCUUGCGACACGGGGGCUUGCUGCGCCAGCCAGCGAAUGAAACGCCGGAAAUACACCUUUGAAUGCAGUGAUGGAACCUCCUUCAGCGAGGAAGUGGAAAAGACCAUAAAGUGCGGCUGCGUGGGCUGCAUGUAGCACCAUUCACUCACAUUUCCUGCUGCUGCCGCCGAGCAGAAGAUAGAAAGAAAGGAAGGAAGGAAGAGAGAGGACUGGAGGAAAGCAAGGGAAAGAAAGAAAGAGAGAGAGUAUAAAGAAUAUAUAUAAAACCUCUAUCUAAAUAUUAUGGACAACAAUGUUUGUAAAAUAGGACAUUUCCUCCCCUUUCAAGGGUGUGUGACCUACAGUAACACAGAGAAACCAACAUCAUAAGCAACAAUGUAGAAGUGACAACAACGGCAACAUAACCAUUGUAUCUGCAACAUUGUUUCAAGGGGUCCAGAGAUUUCAAAGGUGUUGCAUUCAGAGUGAGGCAUCCCUCCAACCCAAAUUACCCAGUGUGAAUUCCCCAUCCAUCUGUAAGGCCUCUGACAGCCUAGCCACCAUCUACCAUCUUUACUUCGUGGAGGCAGUGAGGACAGUGGGGUCCAGCCUGGCUAUGAAUGGCAGAAGAAAGGCAGAGAAAGACAAAAAGAGAGAAACAGAGGGAUGAGAAGAGAGCUGGACCUUUUGACUUGGCAAAGCUAUCUUGAGUUGAGCUUGGCUGGGUUACCUGGACUGGGCUGGAUAUGGUUUGGGUUAAAGUUGUUGUUGGUUUGGUGUAGCAAUUUCUCUGCCAGGAUCCAGUCAUCUAUCCACACAUGCACAUGUAGAAGUGAACAAAGAAAGGUUAGAGUGGCACAUAAUCCAGUGCGGAUGUCGAGGCUUUGAGGCCAGGUGGUCUGGCGUCACAGUUGUUUGCUGUGAGGUACCGUAAUGUAGAAAGUCCAUACAAAUAGAGACUGCACUGAGUAGCAGCACUGAAAACGACAGUCGUACACCUCUUUGCAGUACAUGAUCACACACGCAUGGCAUACAUACAUUUACAUAGUCUUAACACUUGUAAAAGUGAGAGGGCUUGUGUGGCGCAACUAUCUAUUCUGUUCAUACAGCAAACCAAUCUGAUGCUGGAAGUGCCCAGUGAUUAUCAAUUCCCCAGCAUGCAUUGCCUCAGGGUCAGGAUGAUUUGCAUAAUCCCACCCCCUUUGAGCAGGAGGCUCUUUAGCCCUGCUCCUCUUGAUGCCUGCAGUAUUAAACUAGUGCAAACUGUUGCAUGUGUGGAGAAGAGUUUGCCUACAAAUAUGUAGAGCUUCUUAAUAUCAUUAUAAAUGUUAUUACAAAACAAAAGGUUGCAGAAUCAUCUUCUGAUUUUUGUUUUGUUGUGUCUAAUUUCCCAUAUUGAUUUGUUUUUAUUUUUGUUACA